CUCAACAACUCUUACAUACCAGCUUCGAAGUAUCACGUAUUUCCCUCUUUCACUGCGGAUAGAACUUCAGUGACUCGAAAUUGAGUCCGUUGCAGAGCCACCCAAAGCAAGGCUGGCGGCUCUAAGACCCCGCUCUGCCAAAGACAAUCCGAGUGUCCUUUGGGCUCGGGACAAGCAUGCAGAUGGUGGGCCGCAGAAGGCCAGUUUACUGCAGGUGCUGGGGAAGAGAUCCCGUUUGGAUGCCGCGCCAGUAUACCAUAUCCCGUCCUGGGCAUGGCAAGAAUGGAGUAUCGGGCCGGAGACAACUCCCUCAACGUCAUUCCGGAGCCAGCCAGGACAGCAGCCUCCGGAUGGCCAGACUAUGAGUCAACUGCAGCUUCAUAUGCAGAACCUACCUCGAGCUCCCAGCCCGCACAAGGCACGAAGUUCAUGCCGGAUCUUUUGAAACACGUCGAGAACCAUGAUGAGACGACGAAACUCAUUGAGUUGAUAGACCAGCGUCGGAAUGCCGGAAAAAAUGUGCCCCCGGAGCUAAUGGAAGCCUUGCGCAAAAUGCAGGCAACGUUGAAGCAGAGAACCCAGGACGCCGAGGAAUACGACUCUCCAUCAAAGGCAGCUGAAGAUGCAGUCAAGUGCAUCAAUGAGAGCAUCAGAGAGGCGCAGGCGCGUCCUGGGGACAUGAAGGGAAAUCCACGCUUCUACUGCACGGAUUUCCCUCCUUGUAAUCUGUCGUUCACAAGGAGCGAACAUUUGGCUAGGCAUAUACAGAAACAUACUAGCGAGAGGCCAUUCCAGUGCCACUGUGGCCGCCGCUUCUCACGACUCGAUAGCCUCUGUCGUCAUGCGCAAACCGUGCAUGUCGACGAGGAUAUUCUACCCUCUCGUCCUGCAAGUAUCAAACCGCAUGACAAUGACGAAGAUAUCAAGGACCCGACUCCUCGGGGAUCCCACGAUUCAUGGCGCUUCAGCCCGUCGCUGCUCGACCCAAACAGCUUCUCCUUCAACUCUUUUGCAAACCAGCCGCCCGGGUACUACACGCCCACUCCAGGAGGUGUUGGCACGCUCUACCAUAACCAGGCUAGCGACCUGCCUGCAAAGGCACCGAUGCGGAAACAGCACGAUGAAGAAAAUGGAGUGAACAGAUGUCCCAUGUGCUCAUGGGAGCUUGAGGGUGGAAGAGUGCGCUCGAUUGCUCGCGACCUACCCAUACCAGUGCCGAUGCACGAACUGCAGAGCUUGAAGUCAAAGGGAACCCUAGAAGUUAGGAAAAAAUGGGACCAGGAGCAGUGGGCACGGUCAAGAGCGGAGGAGAUAGCACGGGAAGGCGAGACGCCGGACCCUCAACCAAAGGCAACUGAGGACUCCUCCGAUUUGACUCCUCGACAGAAAGCCAAAACUACCGUGAAAGGCGGUUCAUCACAGGAGAAAAUAGUCAAGUCCCGACCCGCUGUUGCCCCGGCCACGAAACCGAAGAAUCUCCCCCCGCUAUCUGCAUCGCCUCCGGUGAAUGCCAGUGACUUUGAGGUCUCUCACCCAGUUCACAAAGCCCUCUCCGCAGCUAAACAUGCAGCGAAGAGAAAAGCGCCAGCAGGGAUAGUCACAGAAAAAAGCUCGAGCGAAGCAGACACUGUCGUUCUCGGCGAUGAGGGCUCCAAGAUUAAGAAAAAGACCAAGAAAAAGUGCACCGUGAGAGACCCCGAAGGUUAUUUGUUCGCCCAGGAAUACUCCGAUUCCAACGAAUCAUACUCCGACCAAAGCUCAAACUCUCCCUUGCGAUCCCCGGUUCCCGGAGACAGAGAUAUCAAUUGGGCGAACUGGGAUGAGGAAACCCGAGGGCUUCUAUUACUAGUCUCGAAGCCACGCGGGUUGUUCAACAAGUAUACAAUAUCACAAGAUAUGACUACUGGAGACGGAGCCCGCUAUAAAUGCCGACUUCUUGCUGUUGAUAGUUCGACACUGGCCAAGAGACGCAAUCAGACAUCUCUCUCGCUUGAUCCGAAAUGA